AUGGUGGCGAAACAAACAAUAUUUACAUCUACACCACGACACCAACACAACAACACCACACCUAAUAAAAACAGCGGAAACGAAACUUUUGUGAAAAAAAUAGUCAGACAAGCAUCAAAACAAUCUCCAAGUGUUAAUAUUAUUAGACAACGUUUAAAAAGUAUAAGUUUGACUAAGUUACAAAAAGGUUAUGAGAAUUACAUUAAUAAAGUACCCAUUGAUUCCCGUAAAUCGGAUGACCCAGUUACACCUAGGGUAGAUAUUAACCUAUCGAAUUCUCAAUGGAGGAAUGUACUUUCUGAAUGGAGGAAAAAGAUACAUACAUACAAUAAAUCUGUAAAUUCAGUCAAUAUUGAUGCAAGUGGUUUUAGCCCUGUGUUAUUCAGACCAAAUUGGUUUUCUGGCAAUUUAUCAAAUCCGGGUUUUAGAGUUUUAAGUGAAUCUGAUUUUGGACGAAAAAUUUUCGCUGUACAAGGUCUAUUGUCAACUGAAGUUAAUUGCUUUGAAUCUAACAGUUGUGAAGAUAUAGAAGGUGAUAUUGAAUAUCUGGAGCAAUUAAUGUUGUUUGAUUUAACGGAUUUGCAUAUUGAUGGCAUAAAUAAUUAG